GGAGCAUUUUUUUUUCAGAACCAGCAUCCAGGCUCCAGCGACAGAGUGACCAACUGACCUAGUGUCUUCCUCAGCUAUUUUCCGAAUCCAGCGACCAUUUCAACUACGGCUUCAGCUCAGCACUUCAAUCCUUAGCAUCAUCAUCUACUCUAUUGUUUGAUUUUAGAAAAAUGGCAGAACAAAAUCAGCAAAGCAUCGAAGCUUCUUCACAAUCAACUGCAAAUAAUAGUUCAAUCCCUACUGAAUCACUUGUUUCAGAACAAGAUACCCAAGCAAAUGCAAAGAAAAGAAAGUUGACCUCACAGGUAUGGGACUUUUUUUACAAGGGAGUGUAUUGGAGGUGCAGGUAAAGUUGUUGCAACUUGCAAGGAUUGUAAAAGAAAAUUUGAUGGAUCAAGUAAGGCCGGUACGACUCACUUAAAAAUCAUCAUAAUGUUUGUCCUCUCAAAGCUAACUCGGGUGAUAUUAAGCAAGCUUUUAUUGGAAAAUCUAUUGAAAAUGCCAAUCUCUCUAAUAAGAUCAAAACACACAAGUUUGAUCCAAAGGUUGAAAGGAUUUUGUUUGCUAAAAUGAUUGCCAAACAUGAUUUGCCUUUUCUUAUGUCCCAUUAUGAGUACUUUAGACAUUGGAUUUCAUAUUGCAUGCCUUCUUAUAAGUUUCGAUCAAGGACUAGAGUGAAGAAUGAUUUGAUGGAAGUUUAUAAUGAAGAAAAAGCACUAAUGUACGAUGUUGUUGGAAACUUAACUUCACGAGUGACUCUUACAACUGAUGGGUGGACAUCGGAUCAUCAAAAUCGGGGGUAUUUUUGUCUAACUUCUCAUUUUAUUGAUUCUGAUUGGAAAUUGCAAAGUAAAUUGCUUGCUUUUCAUGUUGUUGAAUAUCCGCAUAGUGGGUUGCGUUUAUGUGAAUGCUGCUUUUGGGGAUAGCGAUAAUGAUAAUCCAGACAGUUAUGUAUGCAAAGUGCAAACUUUUUGGAAUGCUUUGUUUGUAGAGUAUGAUGAUCCGGUCCGUUCUGAUGAUGGGGGUAUUGCCAUGUCUGAUUCUUCUUGUCGCAUUGAGAACUUAUCAAGUAGUGAGAUUGAGUUUCCUCUUUUAACUAGGUUCAAAGAGCUUGCUGCCCUGUCUAGUUCCACUUCCAUUAAGAAAAAAACUGAGAUUGAGUUGUAUCUUGAGGAGGGUUUAGUGUGUGAACAAGACAAUCCAUUUGAUGGGAAGAUGACGAGUGAAGCUAAUCCAUUGGACCUUGUUGUGGCAUGAAUCACGUUUAAGGGUAUCCUGAAGAGAUGCUUUCCAUGGAAUUCAAGAAUGAUGAUUUAUGUAAACAUUAAUGAUGUGAUUUAACUGAUUUUACUUUUUGGUUACAAAUUUAGAUUUCAUGUUUUCUAAUUUUUGUUGCUUGUUACAAGGUCAAAUCUUUUUGUUGUUUAUGUUGUAGAUUAAGAAACUUGGUUAAGGAUU